AUGUCUUCCUGGGCUACCCCCACCAACGAGACGCUGUAUGGAGAGGCCAGGCAGAAUGCCAUCGACAACGCCGGAAUCGUGAGCAGAAAGGCGUUCGAGGUAAACAUAGGGCUCUUCACUGGGCUUGCCGUCAUCACCGUGGUCGUGCGUUUCAUCAUCCGGCUACAAUACAUGCGGCGCCUCCUCUUGGACGACUGUUUUCUCCUAUUUGCAGCGGCGUGCUUGGUUACGUCGAUGGCUGUGGUGUACUGGUACACCAGUGAGCUCUACCUGGUCGAGGCACUCAACACCAUCCCCACCAAGGUGAUCGUGCUGACGGACGAGGUGCUGCCACUGCUGGACAGUAACAAGAAGAUUCAGAUCUUCCUGGGCACCAACUGGAGUGCUAUUUUUGCGGUCAAGUUCUCCUUCCUGGCUUACUUCAAAGCACUCGUCUGGAACAUUUCCCCCAGGCUGAAGACAUACUUCUGGUUCGUCGUCACCUUUACGGGUCUGUCUUGGGCAUUCCUGGUCUCCGAGGGCUUCAUACUAUGCCCAUAUUUCGGCAUGGAAGGCGUGAAAUGCAUGCCGAAUACGCCCCGCGUGUUGAACAUCUCCCUGACGAGCACCGUCACUAUCCUCGAUGUUGUCACAGAUAUCUUAGUGGUAACCUUCCCCAUCAUCAUAAUCCACCGGGCGCACAUGAGCCGGCGACAAAAGAUAGGGCUCGGCACCUUCCUGUCGCUUUCACUGGUCAUGGUCAUCAUCGCCAUGGUGCGCAUCGUGGGCAGCGUGCGUGGGGAUGGUGCGAACCUAGACGUGGCAUGGGAGUUUUUCUGGCAGCAGCUCGAGGCCUGUGUUGCCGUCAUGAUGGGUUCUGUCACUGCGUUCCGCGGCGUUUUCAGCCGCGGAGAUGACAGGAGCGGUGCGUCGCCGGGUCCGGGAGAGAGCCGAGACGCGCUUGUCCGGCGUCGGCCGUCAAGGCGCUGGUGGUGGCGCCGAGGGUCCACGGGAAAGCCAGGCGCACGCCUCGAUGAAGAAAGUGGGACCGUGGACUCGCCGCUUUCACAACAGUCCGUGGAGCCCAAGCACUACGGUGGAAAUGCAGAACAGUGA